AAAAUUUGAAAAACAAAAUGGUAAGCCAUUCAAUUCAAUUCAAUUCUUUUUCUUUCUCUCUCAAAUUCUUUCAGCCCACCAAAAUCCUUCACUGUUACACACAAAAGCCAGAAACCUCAAGAACAUCCCAGAUUCAUUGUCUUCAUCUUCGUCAUCUUCAACCUUCCUUACUUAACGACUUGUCGUAUUCCUGCCUUCUGAAAUGUCUUACGAUUACCUCUUCAAGUACAUAAUCAUCGGCGACACGGGCGUAGGGAAAUCAUGCUUGCUGUUGCAAUUCACCGAUAAGAGGUUUCAGCCCGUUCACGAUCUCACUAUUGGUGUGGAAUUCGGUGCUCGUAUGGUCACUAUAGAUGGUCGCCCUAUCAAGCUUCAGAUUUGGGACACUGCUGGCCAGGAAUCAUUUAGAUCCAUCACUAGAUCAUACUACAGAGGAGCAGCUGGUGCACUUCUGGUUUAUGACAUUACAAGGAGAGAGACAUUUAAUCACUUGGCAAGCUGGCUAGAGGAUGCUCGGCAGCAUGCAAAUUCCAACAUGACAAUCAUGCUCAUAGGCAACAAAUGUGAUCUUGCUCAUAGGAGGGCUGUCAGCAAAGAGGAAGGGGAACAGUUUGCAAAGGAAAAUGGACUUCUAUUCUUGGAGGCUUCUGCAAGAACUGCUCAAAAUGUCGAGGAGGCCUUCAUAAGGACUGCUGGCCAGAUCCUCAAGAAUAUACAGGAAGGCGUAAUUGAUGCAGGCAAUGAGUCUUCCGGGAUCAAGUUUGGAUAUGUGCGCUCUCAGGGCCCGUCAGGCGCAAGAGAUGGAGCUGUUGCACAGAGAGGAAGUUGUUGUAGUUAAUUGAAAGUGAGGUUCAGUAUCAUAGUUGAUCCUUCUGUGCAAUUCCAUUCAGCUUGUUCGAUCCCUUCCACCCUUGAAUAUAUAUGUUAAGAAAUGUUAUCCAACUUCCUGGUUCAGAUUUAAUGUAUAGAUCCAACAUGUGUUGUUCUUUGGGCUAAAUUUAAUUUAAUUGAUAUAGGGAUUCAAGUCUAUCCAGUAGGGUUCUUCAUGUUGGUAAAUUUGUGUUUUUUGCAGUUCCUUUGAUAUUUGUAAUCUCUUACCUAUUCCUGUCAUGAUGACAGCAAUCAACGUUGCUGCUUCUCCAUUAAUCCUAAUGUGUUCUCUAUUAUUAAGAA